AUGGUAUGCGAUGUCUUAGGCGUUGGCAAGUCGUGUCUUUUGCUACAAUUCACGGAUAAACGCUUCCAACCGGUCCACGACCUCACCAUCGGUGUGGAGUUUGGCGCCCGUAUGAUAACCAUCGAUGGCAAGCAGAUUAAGCUCCAGAUAUGGGACACAGUAAGUGAUGGAUUAGAUUAUACGGUGAUUGUGUGUAGUGGCGAUGAUAGUGUGGAGUUCGGCGCCCGUAUGAUAACCAUCGAUGGCAAGCAGAUUAAGCUCCAGAUAUGGGACACAGCGGGUCAGGAGGCGUUCCGAUCGAUCACCCGGUCCUACUACAGGGGAGCGGCCGGCGCUCUACUCGUGUACGACAUCACCCGUCGCGACACAUUCAACCACUUGACGACAUGGCUGGAGGACGCGCGUCAGCACUCGAACUCAAAUAUGGUUAUUAUGCUGAUCGGCAAUAAGUCGGACCUCGAGUCGCGCCGGGAGGUCAAGAAGGAGGAGGGCGAGGCCUUCGCCAGAGAGCACGGCUUGAUAUUCAUGGAGACCUCUGCCAAGACGGCCGCCAACGUCGAGGAGGCCUUCAUUAACACCGCUAAAGAGAUCUACGAGAAGAUCCAGGAGGGCGUGUUCGACAUCAACAAUGAGGCAAAUGGUAUCAAAAUAGGUCCCCAACACUCGCCUACGAACCCCUUACCAGCCGGUAGUCAAGGAUCUAAUCAGGGAAGCGGUUGCUGUUAAGUGUAAACCAAAAACUUUUAUCAUUAAUCUAAUGGACAAAUGUGUUGACAACGUUUUUGGAUGUCUUUCUAUUUGUGAACAACUAUUAAUAAACACUAUGUUUUGCUUCAAUUUAAUAAUUAAAUUAUUGUUUUUAUAAAAUCAUUUUCUGGUUACUUUCGCCGAUUUACACGAAAUAUUUGUUUAAUUCUCACUCAAUA